GACCUCUUCGAUCAUUGACAUGAAUUGUUCAAAACCAUAUACACAUUGCGAGAGCCGGGUCAGUUCACCACAUCAGAAGGCAACAGCACAUGUGAAUUAAGCAAAUGUGAAUUGUACAUAUCCACAAACCGACACGCAUGUCUCUUCUCAAUUGUCAAAAUAAUGCUUUGCACGCAUAUGAAUUGUCGGCCCUUUACGAGCCCCAGAAUCGGAAGAAUGAGGUCUUCUUGGGCUUCUCCUGGCUGCUGUGCUCAGCUUGUAGAUCCACCAGGCGCACCUAAAUUGGAUACACAUUACAUGCACACGCCCAUGCCAUGUGAGUGCAUGCCGUCUGCAGGUGUGUACCUCUAGGUCAGCCACGAGCGUCGCAUAGGUCCUCAGCUGCUCCCUCGUCGUUUCAAAGCGGGCACGCACGCGGUCCAUCUGGAUAGGCAUAGAUUAAAUCAUGUGUGUCUGUGCGUAGGCGUAUGUGUGUAUGUGUGUGCGCGGCAUCCACACAAUUCACUCACCUGUCUGUCCCGUUCCGUUUCGCUGUUGGCCAGCUCCACCUUGGUGUUGAUCAGCUCCUGCAUAUGCGUGCACGGCCACACACACACAUCCAUCCAUCCAUCCACCCAUCCAUCCAUCCAUCAGGCCACUCACCUCUUCUAGCUCGAGUAUUCUGGCCGCCAGAUUCCUCUGCUGCAUCUCGUUGUCACGCGACAUGGUCUCCAGCUUAGCCAUCGUCGACGGCCUGCAUACACACAUGCAUUCGUGUAUGUGUGCGCUUGUCUUGUGGAUGCAUUGCAUGCGUGCCGUGGUCGGUCGGCGAGCUCCUGCUCCAGCUCUUGCAGGCGAUCCUUCAGUGCCUUUGUCUGCACGUCAAGUAACGGACACACACACUCAUAGGCCAGCUGGGCACACUUGAUAUGAUGUGCAGGUAUGUGUGUGCACCUCUCUUUGCAAAGUGGUGACUUCAAGCUCGUUCUUGCGGCGAUAUCCGACUGCCUCGUCCUAACACACACCACACCACACACGUAUUCAUAGCUCGUGUGUGGUGGGGUGUGUGUAUGCGUGGCUGUCGGCGGCACUUGCCUUGAGGACUCGUUUCUCCGCCCUGUGUGUGGCCAUGUCGGCCUCCCUCUCGCGACGCAGCGCGUCACGCACCGCUGUCAGCUCACUGACCUGACCAGUGCCGCACACACACACACAAAGACAAGUGCUCACACGCAUUCACGGAUGGCCCUUGUUGCACACAUCACACAUACAUACCUCUUGCUGCAGGACUUGGACCUGCUGCCCCAGUCCCUCCUGUGUGUGGUCCUGUGAGCUGAUGGCCAGACGCAGACGCGACAACUGCACACACAUCCAUCCAUCCAUCCAUUCAUUGAAUAUGUGUGCUUGGUGUGCUGUGUGCGGCUUACGUCCUUCUCGAGCGCUCUGCAUUUCUUCUCGAAUUCGUCGCGCUCCUGCUCGAUGCGCGCACGGUCGUCCUGCACACAUGCACACACAUACACGCAUGCAUUCAGGUGCGUGUGUGCACUUGUGUGUGAGUGAGCAUGCACACACACGCACCUCCGUCUCUUGCGCACGCUUCUCGCUGCAUGGAAUUGACACACAGAGGAGUGCAAUCGUCCAUCCAUCCUUUCACCCUUUCAUCCAUUCUGUGUGGUGCGUGGGGUUAUGCGUACAGCAUGGUUUGUCUGAGCUCGGACGAGCGGCGGAGCGCUGACAGAGAGGCCUGCAUUCAGUGGUCCAUCAGUGUGCGAGUGUCUGUGUGGGGUGUGUGUGUGUGGAAGGUGUGUGUACAAUACCUGGAGCUCUUCAAUGCGCUUUUCGAAAUCCUGUCUGAGGCGCGACGAUUGCUGUCAGUCAACACACACACACACACACACACACACAAUGCAGCGUCAUCCAACGGAUGCGUAUUUACCUCUUCUCGCUCGGAGAUCUCCAUCUCAGCUCUCUCCAGCUUGUGCUUGGUCGUCCUGCAGAUGUGUGUGGGCAUUUAUCCAAUCAUCCGUGUGUGUGUUUGUGUGUGUAAGUGUCCUCACUUGAGUUCAUCUCGCAGGACGUCCGCCACGACAGACACGGCACUCUUUUGGCUGAUGGACAAAUUCUACACACACACACGCAGAGAGAGAGACUGAAUGGAUGGAUGUGUGUGUGCGUGUGUGUGUGUGGCUGACCGAGUCGAGGUUUUCCUUCUCUCUCCUGUCGACCUUCAUCUCGUCCAGCUGAUGGGCCAACUCGCGGAUGCGCUCAUCCUAAACAAGACAUACACACACACACACACACACACACAGAGAGAGAGAGAGAAUCACACGCGUCGAUUGAUACCACACGUGUGUUCCUACCUUCUCGGCGAUGAGCUGUUUGUGUGCUGCUUCAUCCUGUGUGAUAGAUAGAUAGAUAGAUGGGCUUAUGCUUGUGUCCGUGUCGGUGUGAGCAUGCUCAUCGGUGUGCGCGCAUAUAUACUUGUUUGAGUUGUUUUCUGGCCUUGUCCAGCUCCGUCUCAUACCGAGACAGCUCCUUGCUGCUCACAAGAGGCAGGCAGACAGACAGACUGACACGUACAGACACACGAGACACAUACGGUCGUAGGCACCUGUGUGCUUCCUUGGCCUUGGCCAUUUCCUCGUAGGCAGAGGCCAGCUGGUGCUCCAAAUCCUUGAUGCUGCACGCCAUCCAUCCAUCCAUCCAUCCAUCGUGCACAUAAUCGUCUGUGUGGAUGCCUGCAUACCGUUGUAAGAAGAUGGAGACCUCGACCUCGCCGCCCUCCUUGCCCCGCUGCUGGUAGAUGGGCUUCUGCUCUAUCAUGCUGCCGUCCCACCCUGAGGCAGCCUGCUGUGUCGGCUCCUUCUUCUCGAAGUUCCCUGUCUGCGCCUGCAGACAUUCGCAUGUGGAUGGAUGGAUGUGUGGGCGCGUGUGUGAGUGUGACCUUGGCGAACGAGACGACGCUCGAUGGGCUCAGUGACGGGCGAUCUGGGGUGUCGGACACACUUGAAUCCUUCACACACACACGUAUGCGGCAACGAGCAAUGGCGCUGUGCGCUGGCAGCAGCACAGGUACCCACCUUCGGUCUUGAAACGGCAACAGGCGGCUGCAGGAAACCUGCACGCAAAUUAUUUCAUUUCACCCGUGCAACCAUUUUGAGUGAAGAGAUGAAUCUGUCCCGAGUGCCACUCUGUUACUGCCGUCAGAUGGCGAGGUUUCCUCAAUCACCGGAGGCAGCCUCUUGUUGGCCUCUUGCUGCUGCUGCGCCCUGGGCGAGUCGAGGCCGAAUGAGGGAGAGUGGCCAUAACCUCCCUGUGUGUGAAUGUAUUGCAGACACAGAGACAGACACGCAUGGAUCUAUGGAUCUAUGGAUGGAUCGAUGGAUGGAUGUGUGUGUUUGGUCAAGGGGAAAGGGCACCUUGAACGAGAAAGAAGGUGAAACCGGGCUGCCCCCACUGACACACACAGACAGACAGACAGACGGAGGAAAGGGAGAGGGAGAGGGAGAGAGUGUGUCCAUCCACACACGUGUCUGUGUGAGCGUGUGUGUGUGUGUGUGCUUGCCCGCUGCCGCUGAUGUUCAGGUUGACCUCUGACCCUACAGCACAAGGGAUGCAUUGAUUGCAUCGGUGUGUGUGGGUGCGGUUCCUGCCUACCACUGGCGCCCAGGUCGACGUUGCUCAUGCCGCUCAGCAGCGACAUCGAGUCGUCAUGGUCAGUGGCGCCCAGGUGCACACAGCCGAUCGUGAAGUGAAGCUGCAUUCCAUGAGCACAUCGACACACCACAAACCACACACCACACACCACACACACGGACGAUUUGUGUGUCUGGACGGACAUACAGCCGGCUGUGUGUGCGUACAUACCUGUGCGUCUUUGUCUCUACACUUGGCCAGUGGAACGGACACCUCCUUCACUGCACACAUACACACACAUGGAUGGAUGGACGGAUGACCAUAUGUCACACACAUACACAAACGUGCCUGUUGGCUGUGCGAGAGCGACGGUGCUGCUGGCUGGGAAAGGGUUGCUCGCAUUGGGAGCUGACACAUGAACACGCACACGCGCACACACACACACACACACACACAGAAAGACGUAGACGGAUGGAAUGCGCACACGCACGUACAUGCGGCAUCAUUGGCCGUCUCCCCGCCCCCCUCCUCGUGUUGCUCGUGCUUCUCUGCGGGCGGCUGGAUCACACCUACACACACACACGCACACAUGCACACACAUGCCGCCCAUGGGUGUGGAAUAUACGCGUGUGUGCGCACAUACGUGGUGGCGGCACCGGUGCGUAUUCGCUGAGGUCGAAACGGUACUCUCCCAGCACUGCUGUCCGACCUGCACACACACACAUGAGAAGGAUGGCAGGCACUGCUUGACGAGACGAGACGAGACGAGCACAUGAACGGAUGCACACAUGGAGCCAUACCUCUGUCCUUUUUGCUGGUGGAGAUGACUUGUAUGACGGCCUCCUUGGGCAUGUACUUGUCCUGCUUGUCCUGGUGCUGGUGCUUGUCCUGGGGCUGCUUCCCGCCACCCUGUGUAUACGUAUACACAUGACACACACCACACACACAUCGCGUGGAUGUCGGUGAAUGUGUGGACGGAAUGUCCACAGAACCGACAGACCUUCUCGCCACCCCUGAACAGCGUCGCCACCAACACGAGCCGCUCCUGUGGGGUGUGGAGGAAACCAAAAAAUAACACAACACAACACACACAAUAUGCCGAAGACGCACGUGUCUGUCUGCAUGUGUUUCAUGUGUUGAGUGUGACGUGCCUGCAUGCUGCACGUGCCCGUCUCCUUGCUGAGCGUCGCCUUCUGCCUCGUGGCAGACCGCUUCGGGCCUACAUCAACGACAAAUGCACCAAUCCGAUGCACCCUAUUGAAUCAGUCAUACCUCUGAUCCACUCGACGCGUAUGUCCUUGUCCUCAUCGGUCUUGAGCUCAACGCGAUGCAGCGCCAACUCAAACCUAUCAUCACACAACACAAGUAAUACACACACAAUGCUCUUCGCGUGUGCAGAUUGACUGACACACAUCACAAAUGCUUGUGCGUCUGUCUAUGUGUGCCCACUUGCCUGUAUUUCUCCCCCUCUUUGCCAAUGUGGCGGGCCGCACGGAGAAUGCGCGACAUUGUGGUCGCUGAAUGCACAGGAACGGGAGCCCCGUGCGUAGAUAUACACUCACAGACGCGCAGGCCAGCUCACGCUUCAGGGGGGAGAAGGGAG